AUGAUAGAUCUCCGAUUUAUAACAUAUAAUGUAAAAGGAUUGAAUUGCCCUGGGAAGAGAUUUUAAAUUAUUCAAGGAGCUACAGCAUAGAGAAGCUAUGGUGGUAUUUUUGCAGGAGACACACCUAGAGAUUAAGUCAAAUAUAAAGUUGUACUCUAGAAAUUACCCAACAUGGUUUUAUGCGGAUUCCCCAAUUAAGAGAGCUAAGGGAGUAGCAAUAGGGUUUGCAAAAAAUGUAAUGUGGGAGAUAGAAGAGAGAGAGGUAGAUCCUGAGGGGAGAUUUUUGUUCUUGAAGGGUAGAUUACAAGAGCAGGAAUGUACAAUUGUGAAUAUCUACUGCCCAAAUAAAAGACCAGAAGCUUAUCUGAAG